CCGACGUCGACGUCGUUGUACGUCUCGACGCUUCUAUCAAACGCGCUGGAAACGUUAGGCAGGGCGUCGCCGGCGAACUCUCGCUUUGCGGCACACAACCCACCUGGGGGAACAGGUGGACGGCAUCCCCGACGGGCGGCACUCGAUAUCACGGUGAAUUCUAAUCGUACGUAGCGAAUCGAUUGGUUGUUGACAAAUUUCGAGGGACGUCGGGCGAUCGGGGGUUUUGGAUUUCGCGCCGCGACGGUUCCGAAAAUGGGGGUGAAAAUGGAAUUGGUACCGAAUAACCAUGCGGUUGAAGACCAUGGAUGGGCCAGCGGCGGUCCGGAACGGCAAUAAUGACAUCCUCAACUCGCCGAAGCGGAUCAAUACUUUGCAAAACAGCAACGUAACUUACGCCAAUUCGACGGUGAAUUUUUCCAAUUCGACGGAGAACUUCACGAAUCCGACCGAAGGCUACAUUAAUACCACCGAGAACUUUACCAAUUCUACAUUAGACAACAGCAAUAACGGCAUCGACAAUGUGAUUAUCGAUCUGCAAAACACCGCCGACUUGAACAUACUCAAGAACGUCGUUCAAGAUAAGGUGCAAUGGUGCCAGGCCUCAUUGCAAGAGGCGCAAAAAAACGCAAACAAUUGCAAAAGGAAUUUGGUGAACGUCAACAUCAACAACACGCUGGCCGCCACCUUCAGGCACCGCCAACGGCAGGCGGUGGCGCCGCCUCCGCUGCGGAAAUCCGCCGCCAAUUCGGUCUGCUCCUUGCAGUCGACGCCGGACGCAGAUGAUACUUUCUUGGAUUUCGAAGAAGCUCAACAGAGCUGCUCGUCGGCCGACACGUCUCCCCAAGAUGAAGGCAGAUGCUUCGACGUAUCGGACUCCGAGUCAUCGGAGGACGGCAAUUUGAGCAACAGAGGAACCGUCCAAAGGAAGUCCCGGGGCAUCGUCAAUCCCAAUUAUCCCGGCUUCCAGCACUUGGCUCACACGCUCGCUUCGGACGUCGAAUAUACAGACGAUGAUUUAGAUUACGAACCGUCUCUAGUCGACACCGAAACGUUACGGAAUUCCAUAUCGGCCAAAUUGGAAGCCGAAGCGAACAACAACAACAACAACAACGUCGAAGAAGUCGAUACGGACUAUAAAAUAGACAGUGUGAACCGUUUGGACAGUGUGGAAAACAUCCAAAAGGUGUUUUACGAUAAAACUGUGUUCAAUAUCGAAGAAGAUGGUGAGUUUAACCAGAACAGUGAUUCUUACAGUGGCAACUCGAAUCACAGUGAUGAAGACAGCGAUGCGCAAGUGAAUUUGAACAUACAAGCCGAAGAAAAAACGGUACCGAUCGAAAAUAUUGUUGGCGAUUUCCGCCAAGAACUCGAAGCAGAACUAGGCAGAGUCGCCUACCAAGACGCGAACCUCGAAAACAUCUACAAGAUAGAAAAAGCGGUGGUGCAAGAACUGGAAGAGGCCAUCGAGAAGCUGCAAGCCAUCAAAGACCUCUCCCCCACGGCCAUCAAAUACAACAUCGAGCCGAACAUCGAGCAGCCGUUCAGCAAGCUCUCGCCCACCAAAGACUUCCCGCUGCACCGGGUGCUCCAGGACGCCGAGACCGUCAGGACGGCGCCGUCGUUGAUGCUCGACAUGACGCUCGACGAUCCUGCGGACAGACUGAGCAGCCCCGAAGACGGUCCCGCCUUCGAGCCAUCCUCCACGCCGCCGCUGAGCAUCUGCCUGAAGAACUGCCAGACGGCCGUCAUCAGGAAAAUCCUGCUCGACUCCGAAACUCCGUUCGUCGAUUUGGACUUGUUGCCCGACGAUAACGAUGGGAUUCGAAGCUAUAACGACGCUGGUUUGGGUGUUAAGAUCGAAGAUGCUUUCUUGUCGAAUGCUAAGGAAAAUAUUGACACGAUGUAUUGCAAAGAGGAGAAGAAACAAUUUGAUGUCGAUAAAAUGGAGGUGGAAGAAUAUGACAUGAGAAAAGACACCAACAGAGAAUUGGAGGAACUCGAAAACCAAAUUAAGAAGCUCAAAUCAGAAGGAUGCGCGGGAAAUGAAACCGAAAAAUUCUGCAAAGAGGACAUUACAAGAAGCUACAAGGAAAAGGACGACGAUAGCGCCGUUGCCAGAAAGAAAGAAAAAGUGGAAUCGCACGUAAAGAAACGUCGAGAUUACAAUCAACAAACUGGCAGUUUAAUCACCUUUCCUCGCCGAGAAGGGGGCGCUAAAAGCCGCGACACUUUGAACAGAAGGUCCGUUCCCAUCGUCAAAGGCAAGAAGAAAUCACGCCAAGAAGCUUUAGGAAGCUUCGAUGUGUACAACAUCGAAACGGCGAUGCCCAAGAUCGAUCUGGAGGCCAUCGAAAGCCAUUUAAGGGCCGCCCGAGAAGAGGAAAGAAGGAGACGCACAGAUAGGGAAGAAAUCCGACGUAGACUUGCCAUGGGCUCCGAGGAUGAUUAUUAUUCGGACAGACCGGGGAGAAAACCCAGUUUGCAAUCUCGAUUACAGAGUGGGAUGAACCUACAAAUAUGCUUCAUGAACGAAUCUCUCUCGGACACGGACAGCCCCAGCUCGGACUCGGAAUGCCCCAUGACCAACCCCAAGCACCACAAAUCGAAUAACAACGCCACAAAAUCGCCAACAAAAAUCGAAAAGGGCACCCUAGCGCCCGCUCCCGCCAGACCUGCAACCCUCUCAUUGGGCCAACAGGCCGCUCAAAUCGUGCGGGAGCCCUUGCAGGAAGUGGACUUCUUCACGAGGCAGGCCCGCCUGCAAACCGAAGCCAGAAUGGCGUUGGCUCAAGCCAAAGAAAUGGCCAGGAUGCAGAUGGAGAUUGAGAAGCAGCGGCAAAAGAAAAGCCCCAUCACCGAGAUGAUCCGCACCUCGAUGGAGAAAGUGGGAAUACCGUUUCCCGAAGACAAGCGCCGCUUGUCCCGUCAGAUCCUCACCGAUAUGAACGUGGCGCAGCUGCAAGUCAUCGUCAACGAUUUGCACACGCAAAUAGAGAACCUGAACGAGAGCCUCGUCAAAUUUCUAAUGGCGAGAGACGACCUGCACAUGGAGCAAGACUCCAUGCUCGUAGACAUAGAAGAUCUCACUAGAUAUUUGGGUGCCAAGGAACAGGUAAUUAAAGAGCAGAAUCUGGCUCCGACCACGAACAAUAACACUCCACCAUCGCCUGCUCCUUCGUCGCCAUUGCAAGCUUUGAAUAGCACGGUAAAGCCACAUUUGCACAGGAUAGCGAAUCUAGUUAAGAAGUAAUUGGUACGCAGAUAGAAAUGUGUGUAUAUAUAAUUUCGUGGAAGCUUGUUUGGGCAAAUUUGAGGUAUUUGUUGCGAAGCUCGGUAUUAAUGUGGAACGUAAUGAUUGGAUUCGACAUAAUUUUGUAUUACAUCGAUUGAAUUUUUGUAUAAAAUUGUGUAUAGAAAAAGGCUCGAUAUAAUUUUUGGUAAGGAUCUGUAUAGUGAGAUGAUUAAUUCUGGGUGCCAUUGGUAUUAAGUAACAAAAUAGAAGAUUCCUAUAUAAUUGUUAAUUAAAACACAAAAAAAAACACAAUACGAUAAUUACUUGCCAAUGUGAGCUAAUAGAUAUUCAUUUUCUUUGCGUAAAAUUUAGCAAGUUUGGUAAUAUUUAAUGUUUGUUGUUAGAUCUAUCGUAUUGUGUAGGUACUGUAGUUUGUUUUAUAUUUAUAAAGAAGUAGGUGAUAUUAAUUUUAGUAAUGUUAGUUAUUUAUUUUUUCUACUUUUCACAUAUCAUCGGAUCGAUAUAAGUAAAAAAACAGUCGUAAAUAUGAUAUAUGUAUAUAAUUAAGAAGAUUUAGAAAGCAAAGUUUAACAAAGGAAUUACUCGUAUACAUUUUUUUAAUUUUAAUUUUACAAGUAAACGAAUUGUAAUAAAUACCUAAUCCACCAUUUUAUAACAAUUUAUUUUGGAACAAACAGGGUAUUUAUAAAACAACUGGGCAUAUAAUGUGCUCUUACUAUAUUGGUAUAUAAUUGAGAUAUUCUUCUGUUAAACUCCAUAGUGUAGAAGUAGUGAUAAUUUAUUGUGUUCCUUCAGAAAAUGAAAAACUAGAUAAAUGAAUGUAUCUUUUUAAAUGUAAUUAACUUUCUUUUCUGUGCUUCUCACGGUAUAUUCUAGAAGUAAGAUGUUCGACAAUAUCUAAUGUUUCAAUUUGGAAAUAUCGAAUCUUUUAGAAAGGCUUUUAGGUCCAUUACCUAUUAAAUUCUUCAUUUACCUAUGUUUCAUUAUAAAAUUGAAAGGCAUUAAAACCGUAACAUCAAUUUUAUAUGAAACCAAAUUAGGUAAUUUUUAUAGAAAAUUAGAAAUUGAGCAUAAAGUACCAGUCAGAUGUUUAGAAUACUAUAACAAAAGAAAACGAAGAAUCGUAUAUCAACAAUUAAAGGUUGAUAGACUGUUGAUUUAAUUUGCUCAGUGGAGAAAUUAUAAAUUGCUCUAUUAUCAAGCCUUUCAAAAUGUUAGAUAUUUAAUUAUUUUCAUCUACACUGUUUCUAUCAAUCAUCAGUGGUAAGUAAGUAGACACCAAUUCUGUAAAAUAAAAUGACUGAAGCUUCUAAUGUAAAUACAAUUAUUAAACUAAUAUUAAUACAUGUAACUUAAAUCUUCUUAUCUAAAUAUUGUUAGCUUAAAAUGAAAAAAAAUCGUACCGAAGGGAGAACCAUACCUCUUAAUUUACAUUUAUCAAAUGAUACAACUAUUGUAGUAUGUACUUGAUAAAUAACUUAUCAUAUUUAUUGAGAUGCUUGUCAUAAUUUCAUCAUCACUUUCAUCACCCUGUUGAGGAAAUAUAAUAUUUUUAUAAGUACAAUAAGAUUACGGCUGUUUAAAGAUAUUUUCCCGAUAACACUGUUUCCACGCAUAGAACCUAAUCAACAAUUACAGAACAAUUUUCUUCAGAAAAAUUUUAAUUUACAUCACGCCGCAUUUUAUUUGCCAUUGAGACUGCACAUGUAUCCAAAGAAACACUUUGAAAUUUUUUCUAUAAUGAAAAAAUUAACCUAGCGAUUAAAAUGUUAUUUAUUGUAAUUAUAAAUAAAAAACAAACUCGAUAAUUGUGAAUACAAAAAGCUUAAAUAAAUUCAUUAAAUAUAUUUGUCGAAUUUUUCAAGAACCAAAUCAAACAACCCUUAUAACUAAAAGAAUAUUUACAUCAGACCAGUUGCAACGUGUAUUUACUUUAUGUACAAAACUGUAGGAAUUCUGAAAUGGAUCAUUGUUAUUAAAUUACUUCCUUCUGUUUUGACCACCUCCGGCUAAAAUUGUAGCUAUCCUGAUGAAUAUGUUGAUAGUAUCCAAAUAGAUUCCAAUUGAA